AUGAGCAAAAGGGCAAGGAGUCCAAGGUUGGAAUUGAGGCUGAACUUGUCCCCACCAAGGGCAGCUACCUCAAUAUCUUCGGAUUCGUCGUCGGAGUUUUCAACAUCGUCGCCGGUUUCUAUUCAGUCGUUGGAGAGCUCAUGCGUGUCUUCUGAGGCUGAAGAGACAAGAGCCAUGCUUCUGGUAGGUUGUCCUCGAUGCCUCAUGUAUGUUAUGUUAUCUGAGAUUGAUCCCAAAUGCCCCAAGUGCAAGAGUACUGUGUUGCUUGACUUCCUUAACAACGAGGAGAACACCAAGAAGACAAACAGCUAG